UUUCAGAAAGAAAAAUAAAAAAAGCUAAGGCGUUUUUGUUUGCCUUCAAAAGAACUUUCCGUUUCUUUUCUUUUUUUUCCCUUGGAUUUUUACCCGUUCAGAAGCAGAGUCUCCACUCGCUUGAAAUUAGGGCUCACUCCGAGAGAAUCCAAAGAAAGACGAGAAAGAAAAUCUAAGGUCCAGCGAUCUGGUUUCAGAUAAAUAGCGGGUCUGAAGGAAUCAUUGGGUUUGUCUGAUUUGUUCGAACGAUCUUAGUAUUUUCAGAUCAAACUAAGCGAAACGAAUCUGUAGUUUGGGCUUAAGUGACGAUGCAGAAUCAAGAUGAUGUUAUGAAGGUUGAAGCGGAAUCUGUAGCUUCCAUUUCAGAACUUAAGGGUGAAGAAGAAUGGCCGAAUUGUUCAGGCGAAGAACUCUCUUUUCAAGAGGAUCAAACUGCGAAAGUCCCAUAUGUUGGUGACAAGGAACCUCUCUCUAGUUUAGCUGCAGAAUACCAAUCUGGAAGUCCCAUUUUGCUGGAGAAGAUAAAGAUACUAGGCAGUCAAUAUGCCGCCAUCAGGCGAACUCGAGGGGAUGGGAAUUGCUUCUUCCGAAGUUUUAUGUUCUCUUACCUUGAGCAUGUUCUUGAAACCCAAGAUCGUGCAGAAGUUGACCGUAUCAAGCUUAAUGUUGAGGAAUGUAGAAAAACACUCCAGAGCUUAGGUUAUACUGAUUUCACAUUUGAAGACUUCUUUGCGUUGUUCCUCGAGCAACUUGAUAGCAUUCUCCAAGGGAGUGAGGAGUCUAUAAACCAUGACGAACUCGUAAACAGAAGUAGAGAUCAGUCAGUAUCCGACUAUAUUGUUAUGUUUUUCAGAUUUGUUACUGCUGGUGAAAUACGAAAGCGUGCAGAAUUUUUUGAGCCCUUCAUAGUGGGAUUAUCGAACACUACAGUUGACCAGUUUUGCAAGUCAUCAGUGGAACCAAUGGGGGAGGAGAGUGACCAUAUCCACAUUACCGCCCUGUCGGAUGCACUCGGGGUUCCAAUCCGAGUAGUCUACCUCGACCGCAGCUCCUGUGACAGUGGAAGCCUCACUGUUAAUCAUCAUGACUUCAUUCCUCUCGGUGCGAACGAGAAAGCAGAGACGACGGUCACCCCCUUCAUCACCUUCCUGUACCGUCCGGGCCACUAUGACAUCCUCUACCCAAAGUGAUGGAAGCACCCCCAUCCCCAUGUGUGAUGAGUUUGGAAAAACUUUGUUAAUAUGAGAGUACAUGUGGGGAGAAACAAAGGUAACAUUUUCAGGGUUGAAGGAUUGCAUGACAUCAUUCUCCUACACACUCUCUAGGAUUCAAUUUGCUCACAACUUUCAGUGAAUGCAUUCUUCUUGAUUUGAUCCUAUGGACUUGCUUUGGUGAACCUUGAUUUUGGGCAUUUGGGUCUAAGCGAAAUCAGAGAUUUUGGGAAUGGAAAUGCAGUGAGUAAAGCUGAGAUUUUUUUUUUAUUUUC